UAUAUGAUCAACUUGAAGCAAGUUAACUGCAGCGUAAGUGGCUUCAGCUUUUUUUGACUUAAUUUAAGAAAAAUGUGAUCACUAUGUAAUGUAUAAAUAUUCCAAAGAAUGCAUCUCUGAAAUUUCGAAUUCAUAUAACGCCGCAAUAGUUUGAAAAGUUUAUAUAUUAAGAAUUUAUUACACAGAUUUACAAAAUAAAUUAGUAAUAGUCAUGUCAAAUGUUGAUCUUGAUUGCGAUAAUGGUGCUGUACGAAUAAUAGUCCGUGAAAGGCCAGUACGGAAUGCACAGGGGCUUGAAGACGAGUGUUUAAGUGUAAUUUCAUACCUUGAAGCAACCCCAAAUGUACUUCUUGCGGACGGAAGACCAUUUACUUUUGAUAAGGUUUUAGGUCCGAAUGCAUCACAGGAACAGUUAUUCCUCGAUAUUAGAGUCUUGGUUGAAAAAGUAAAAAAAGGUUAUAAUUGUACAGCAUUAGCGUAUGGUCAAACUGGUACUGGCAAAUCUUAUUCGAUGGGGCUUAAUUCAAAUGCUUGUGACGGGGAGUUCGUAGGAAUAAUUCCAAGAUGUUUGAGGGAAAUAUUAAUCACAUCUGUGGAUGAGAAUAAAUCAGAAAGCCAUUUAGGGUCAAUUGAAAUAAACGCGUCUUUUAUAGAAAUAUAUAAUGAAAAAGUGUUUGACUUGCUAAGUGACAAGAGCACGGAACCAAUCUCUUCUCGGGGAUACAAAUAUACGGGUGGCACUCGAAAGGUCCUCAAAUCAUUAGAAGAUUGCUAUAGUGUGUUAUUGCAAGGUAACAAGAACAGACAUGUUAGACCGACCAAAAUGAAUUCUCAGAGUUCAAGAUCACAUGCAAUUUUUACGAUUCAUAUACAUACUUGUUCUGGAAAUGGUGUUCUUAGUACUAGGUUAAAUUUAGUAGAUUUAGCUGGCUCAGAAGGUGUGCGCAGAACAGGUCAUCAAGGAAUGGCGAUGUCAGAAGGAGUUAACAUAAAUCAGGGCCUUUUAUCCAUUGGUAAAGUUUUACAGGCAAAAGCUCUCGGGCAUAAAGUGGUACCAUAUCGUGAUAGUGUUUUGACUUCUGUUUUGCAAGAUUCACUCAAUGAAAACUCCUAUUUAACACUUUUGGCUUGCAUUAGUCCUCAUCGUUCAGAUCUAUCUGAGACCUUAUCAACUCUUCGUUUUGCCCAAAGUGUGAAACAAUUGAAACACUCACCGCACAUUAAUUUAAUAGCAACUGAUAUAAAGAAAAAUCGCUUGAAAACUCCAAUGAAACGGCUCAUGACACCAGCACCUGCCAAGCCAACCUUUUCUAAAACUAACAUUAACAUGGGAAUAAAGGUUCUAAAACCUAUCUAUCAUAGUAACACAUUUUGUACUCCGACCAAGUUAAAAAGAUACCCUAAUGCCGAUAAAUUGAACCAAUCCGAAUUUGGCGUUACACCCAAAGAAAAGGAAAAGCAACAAACACGAGUUUUUCAGUCUUGUGUCUCUGAACUUCCUAUAGUGCACUCAAAAGUACCGCAAACAAAUCGAGAAUCGAGCAUUAUAAUGGAUAAAUCUCUUGAUUCUCGGGCUUCAAUUAUGAGUUUGAAUGUAUCAUCAUCGACAAUGGUUGGAAAUGAUGGAAUCGCAUCAAGUAAAGUCAUUAGCUACAGUCCCGUCGUGCGGAAAUGUAUGGUAGAAAUAGAAAACGUCAUGGAUAACAAAAUGUCACAAUUAAUGGAAACUUUAAAAGACCUAAAUAAGGAUAAUAUUCAACAUCGGUUGGAAAUUAUGGACACUCCAUGGCCAAGUACGGGUGAUUCAGUUAGUGCAGGACCACUUCCACUGGCACUCCGCAAUGAAUUGAAGACUAUUAUACAAGAAAUAUUGAAAGAAAAUGUCAAAUCAAAUACUAAAUUUUCGGGCGACGUGAAUAGAUCCGAGUCGAUAUUAUUAGAGUCUUCUCUUUUAAGGAAUGAUCCAAAAUGUCAAUUGUUUGCUACAAGUAGUCCAGUUUUCAAAGUCCCAUCUGCACCUAAUAAAGAAUUUGAUAGUUCUGCAAAUUCUUUUAACACAAAGGAAUUAUCUAUGAAAGUAAUUGAAAUCGAUGAAGAAUCUAAACGUUAUAAAACUGCAAUUAGACGAUCUAGUCGGAUUUCCGCAGUAAGGGGAGAAGUGAUAUUAGACAGUUCAUUUAAUGAUUUAAGAGGACCAGGUACUCUUAAUGAAGCAUUACGACGUUCUAGUCGCAUUUCGAAAAUUGGGGAACAAAUUGAGAUGCAGAGAGCAAACGAUUCUUUUAAGCUAACGUUAAGCGCAAUGUCACGAAAAAAACCAAAAUCUUUAAAACAGCAUGUUGAAAGACGGAUAGAGAAAGAAGAAAAUGAAGGAGGCAAACAUAUCUCUAAAGCACAUAACAAUGCAAGUCAUCGUAUAUAUUCCUUAAACAACAAUAUAAUUGAGAGAUACUUUACUAUUGGUGCGCAAAAGUCAAGUUCGCACAUUAAAGGAAAAGAAAAGAAAUCGAAUAUUCUGAAACACCGAGCAGCAGUAUUAGAUUUAUUAAAUUCUGGCUCUAUGAAAGAUUUGCAGUUACUGCCUCAGAUAGGCCAAAAAACAGCGUAUCAAUUGGUAACUCAGAGAACAUUGACGGGAAAAUUUAAAAAUAUAUCACAACUUGAAAAACUCACAAUAUGGCGUGGAAACUCGUGGAUACGUUUUGCGCAAGCAAAUUUGCUCAUUGACUAAAACGGCUUCCAACAUUUUCUUUAUUUAAAGCAAUAUUUAUUUAAUAUACUUUUAUCUUCUAAUUUUUCUGUGUUUUUAUUGUAAUAAUAUAUUAAAAAAAUGUUCGUAUAUGUAUUAAAUUAAAAAGAUUGUAAAAGAAAAUACAAGGGGUAUUUGUAUCUAUUAUCUAUAUGUAUUUUAAGUGGAUAUUGAAGUAUUAUUGUUAUAAUUUUUACCUUGUUUUUGAACUCGUUAAGCCUUGUUGUGCAUUUUUACAAGAUUAUGGUAGAUUCAGGCAACGUAUACUCUUGAUAACUCCAUUAGUAUCUUGGUAAUUUUAAGAGUAUGGCUAAGUAAGGUACUUAUUUUUAAGAAAAAUAUAUAUGCGUUGUUCUUUAUUUAGUUGUGAACGUUUCUGAUUGAAUAACUUACGAUGAUCUCUAAGCAAAUCGUUAUUUUGUAAAUACCUUGUGAAAACGUUUUAUUUUUUUUCGCUUCGAGAUAUUGAUGAAUUAUUUUCAUGCAUUUACAAUGUAUUAAUGUAAUAAGGAGAAGUUAAUGCGAAACUACCGACAUAGCGAUUUUGCAUUUCAAAGAAAUGCAAAUGAAUUUCCAUCUGCUCUUUUAUGUCCAUACAAAUUAGAGAUAAAUCAUUAUCAUGCAUUAAACGUAAAACUCCUAUAACAAUAUGGACUACUAGACUGAAAACUAGACUUUGGUAUCGUUUCAAAAUAGGGGUAAAAAAAUCACAAGUAACAGGUAAAUUAUAAAAUAUAAUGUUAUUCGUUUGUAAAUAAUAAUUGAUUUAUUGUAUUAUUUUAUCUAUUCAAAUUGAACUAUUCAGCAGAGUUAUUUAAGGACAAGAAUGUAAGACGAUGAUUUAUUUAGCUCAAGUUCUCAAUUAAUAAAAAAAAAAUCGCAUUAAUAUUGUCAUCAGCAAAAACAA